AUGCCGGUUGGUAUUUUUGGGCACGAACCAAUUCAUCCAGGUCUUUUUAAUCCACAUACCUCUCAGCUUUCUCUUAAGAACGGCGACGAGGCCGACGGCGACGGCGACGACGACGACGACGACGACGACGACGACGACGACCCGUCCGAAGACGCGGAACACCUGAACCGACGGUUGCAGCGACGACGUGGGCACCACAAACAGCAGCAGCAACAGCAACAGCAACAGCAACAGCGGCUGGUGGCCGACGAUGACGACGACGGACGGCGGUUCAGCUGCGAGUCGCUGGGCAGCAUCCUACCCGGUAGUGACGACGACGACGAAGAAAAGUUGACGACGACGACCAACUCGGACGGUGAGAAGACGCAACAGGUGCCCGUGGUCAGCCGGCUGGAGGUGAGCAAGACCAAGGUGAAGCGGAAGAGGCGCAAGUCGUGGACGUGCCCCGUCAGUGGCGGCGGCGGCGGCGGCGGCGGCGGCCCGAGCCGUAAGGGACACAGCCUGGACCAGGGCUACGACGAUUUCGCGACCCGGCACCAUCCCGCGCUGUACCGGUCGUACAGCAGCAACGACAACGGCGGCGGCGGCGGCGGCGGCGGCGGCACCGUGGUGCUGGACGGCGGGUGCGCGGGCGACGACGCGCCGGGCUCGCGGCAGUUCCGCACCCCGUCCGUGGUGGUCAGCGACUACUCCGAGGGCGGCCCGGUGUCGUACUCGUCCAUGUUCACGUUGGACGACCUCGGCGAGCUGGAACCGGGACGCGCGGACUGCUCGUUCAACGACUCGUCGUCCGACUGCAGCGCCGCGAGCACGUGGAGCGCCGCGGGCAGCGUCAUCAGCGUGCUGGACGCCGACUACUCGCUGCACACGCCCGAGCGCAAGAUAUCCGGUUGCAGCACGUGCACGUUCAGCGGCGGCGAGGACGAGGAGGACGCGGCGUACAGGCUGUCCAAGUUGAAGCCCAAGGUCAGUGCCGUUACACACGAUUUACGCGUACUGCCGCGCGCGCGACCACCAACCUUCGGCCGUCGGCGGACUCGCGCGCUCUGCCCGGCGAAACGUUACCCGGAGACGCGAAACGCGCGUUUUCUUUUCGAUUUCGGUUUUUUUUUUUCGCUUCCUACGAGCGGAAAACUAAUUUUCCGUACACGAAACAUAGCCGAUAGUAGAUGAUGCCGCCCGACGGCG